UGGCCAUGCCGGAUGAUGAUGCCGGGGGUUCUAGCACCGUUGCCGUUGUGGAUGCGGUUUCGGUUCCUUCCUCAACGAUCCUAUCUCAGCCGCCGCCUACCGGCCAAGAGCCCCGGAAGCAAAGGGCCGACAAGGAGCUAGCCGGCGGGACUUACAAGCUCGAGAUCGAGUUUCCUGUGAAGGGUGGCGUCUUUAAUGACGCCGUUGACGGCCAUGAAGUCCUGGCCCAGGCUGUCCCAGUCGAGGAUCGGGCUUAUCUGAAGAAGCUGGGUGCCGUCAGGAUUUACGAUGACGGGAUGGACCUCAUCGUCCAAGGUGCUCUCAUGCUGAUGGAGAGCCACAAACGGCAGAAGCAGGAUAUUGCCCCGCUGAGGGAAGCCGAGAAGAAAGCCGCUUUGGCUGAGGAGGCCAUGGCCUGCCUGGACCGGCUUCGGGAGGAAGUGAAGGCCCUCCAGAAGGGUGUUGAUGAGGCCGAUGUGGCCUACCGGCAGGUAGCGGCUGACCGGGAUGACGCUCUGAGGGUUAAAGAUGAAGCCCUUCGAAGCCAUGAUGAGGCCCUGCUUCGGGCCGAAGACGCCGCCAGGGCUCAGGCUGAUUCUGAGAGGGCCGCUGAGAAGGCCGUUGAUGGCGCCAUCGAG